AUGGAUUGGAAAUUCCUCCAGGGUCUUCUCAGCGGAGUCAACAAGUACUCCACGGCCUUCGGACGCAUCUGGCUGUCGGUGGUCUUCGUCUUCCGGGUUCUGGUCUUCGUUGUGGCCGCCGAGCGGGUCUGGAGCGACGACCAGGGUCAGUUCGACUGCAACACCCGCCAGCCGGGGUGCACCAAUCUCUGCUACGACCACUUCUUCCCCAUCUCCCACAUCCGCCUCUGGGCUCUGCAGCUCAUCUUCGUCACCUGCCCGUCCUUCAUGGUGGUGCUGCACGUGGCCUACCGGGACGAGCGGGAGCGCAAGUACCGGGCCAAGCACGGCGCCGACACCCAGCUGUACGAAAACACGGGCCAGAAGCACGGCGGCCUGUGGUGGACUUACCUGAUGAGCCUCUUCAUCAAGACCUUCUGUGAGAUCACGUUCCUCUACCUGCUGCACUACGUCUACGACAGUUUCAAGCUGCCCCGGAAGGUGCAGUGUGACGUCAGUCCCUGCCCCAACCUGGUGGAUUGCUACAUAGCCCGGCCCACCGAGAAGACCGUGUUCACCUACUUCAUGGUGGGCGCGUCCGUCCUGUGCGUGGUGCUCAACAUCUCUGAGAUCUUCUACCUGGUCACUCUCCGGCUGUGUCACAAAAGGUCAAAAGAGGAAGUGAGAAGAUCAGACCCCCACCACACUUAUCUGGAAGAUAAAUUAAGAUCUGUUCAGUUUUCAUGAAAUGAAGGAUUAUUUGUAUCAUUUUGAGUGUGCUCAUUUUUGGUUUUACUUCAGAUUUUAUUUUUUUAAAUGAAUAAUAAUAAUAAUAAACCAAACUUCUCUUUUUAGUCUGAAACUCUGAGUCCAUACAGACGUAACUAACUUAGUUGUAGUCUACUGAGACUGCAGACCAUGCUGUUCUCCCAGACUUGGCCUAUUAGCAAGGGACCUUCCAAUAUGGCUGCCAGAGGGCCCAUUAUGCUACCUGAAAGUGUGUUUUGGGCUUCUGGUUCUGAUCUGCUGCCUAGAGGCACUAAUGAUGGUUAUGUAAGGUUUUGUUUUUUUUGUGCUACCUGAAUAUUUCAUCAUGAAUUCCAAAGAAAAGCUCCAAACUUCCAACUAUUAACGUUCAUUCUCUUUGUAGUCUGUGAGUCAGCAUGCCCAAUAAACAGCACUUCUCCUCUGAAUUCCCCUCUGUGCGUUUCUACUUUGAUAUAUUCUUCUCUGCAUAUUUUAUUCACAUUGCUAGCUCUCCUGUGCAAACGGAAUGUCCUAGAACUGCUGCUGUGUCUUUGCUCCAUCUGAGAAAAACAAGGUUCUGUGAUCACAUCAUUACCCUCACUGUUACCUUGCUGUUCUUUCUGAUCCAGCUGGUGGUUUGCAGCUAACUCAUCUCCUCCAUCCCUCCCCCAGAGCACCACUCUGAUCCUUUGGGUGCCUCUGAUCGUGACCUGUGUCGUCCAGAUGGUGUUUUCUUCCAGGUGCUCCGCUGUCUGCGUUUCAUUC